AUGGAGCUGUGUGGUCCCAACAUGAGUGACUCUGGAGCUUCUCUGUAUCAGCUGAAGCAGCUUCCCUGCCACACCGUCCCCCUCUGCCGUCUGCAGGCCGGCGGCCACCACACGCAUGACCUCCCCCACCUCACCCAUCAGGCGUGGAUCACCCACCAGGCGCCGGCGGUGGCGUCCGGCCCGGCUGUCCGGCACCGGGUCAACGGGGCCACAGCGGCCACAUGCAGCAACCCCGAGUGUUCGGCCUACAGACUGCGGGAGGAGACAGCGCUGGGCCGGGGCGCCUCCAGGGGGAAGGUGGUGGUGACGGGGGGAGGCGGGUACUUCGGCUUCAGGCUGGGCAGACAGCUGGUGGGUGAGGGGCUGUCGGUGGUCCUACUGGACAUGAACAAACCUCCCGGGGAAAUCCCUGACGGAGCCGUCUUCUACCAGAGCGACAUUCGGGAUUACUCUUCGCUCUAUAAAGUGUGUGAAGGCGCCGAUUGCAUCUUCCACACGGCGUCCUAUGGCAUGUCCGGACCAGAACAGUUGAGGAAAGAGCAGGUGGAGUCGGUCAACGUUGGAGGAACCAAUAAUGUUAUAAACGUGUGUAAGGAGAGGAGCAUCGCCAGGCUGGUCUACACCAGCACCAUCAACGUGGUGUUUACAGGGAAACCCAUCGAGGACGGCGAUGAGGCCUCGGUGCCGUAUGUUCCUCCUGACGUGCACAUCGACCACUACUCCAGAACCAAAGCCAUCGCAGAGCAGGCGGUCCUCUCUGCCAACGGAUGCUCCCUCAAAGCUGGAGGCCUCCUGAGGACUUGUGUCCUUCGACCUUGCGGUAUCUACGGCCCAGGAGAGAGGAGACACCUCCACAGAGUGAUGGUGAACGUUGAACGUCGGCUCUUCAGUUUCCGGUUCGGCGACCCUCAGGCCCGGAUGAACUGGGUCCAUGUGGAAAACCUGGUUCUGGCCCACAGGCUGGCAGCUGAAGCUCUGACGCCGAAGAAGAGCUGCAUCGCUAGCGGUCAGGCCUACUUCAUCAACGACGGAGUUUCAGUCAAUCUGUUUGAGUGGUUGACGCCUUUGUUUGAGAAGCUCGGCCACAGCAGACCGAUGAUAAAUCUGCCGGUUUCACUCGUCUACUCAGCAGCCAUCCUGGUGGAAUAUUUGCACGUUAUUCUGAGACCGGUGAUGGAAGUGCCUCUGCUUUUUACUAGAAGUGAGGUCAGGAACAUCGCUGUGAGUCACACCUUAAAAAUAGAAAAGGCCCAUCGGGAGCUGGGUUACUGUCCGAAGCCCUACAGCCUGGCGGACUCUGUGGAGCAGUACCUGAAGUCCAGACAGCCUCCAUCCAGACCGGCUUUCUGCAACUUCUCCUGGACCUCUAGACGCCUGGUUCUGGUACUGCUGACGGGCCUCAGCCUGGUGCUACUGAUGUUCUCCUGCAUCCUCUGUCAGAACUGAGCAGCAUUCCCCUCCGUUGUAAACCGUCUCAGGCUUUGUAAUUUCAAAUCUCCUCAUCAUGAAAUUAUAUCUACAGCUGCUGUUGGUUUCAGUCCUAAAGUGACACCUUGUUAAUGAAGCUAAUAAACCCUCAGGAUGUCAGAUUAUGUCAUUUCUAUUCCUCUUCCACCUCUCUGAUGUCACAUUAGGACUUCAAAAUGAUGAAACCACCAAAUGGAUGAAAAGUAUUAAACCUGAGUUGUGUGAAUGUUAUGGAUUUCUCCCAAGUGUGAUGCAUUUUAAGUAUCUAACUUUGUAUUACGAAUAUUUAAGCAGUCAUUUACUGUAUUUAAAGCAUGCUUCCAGUUUGUAUGAUGAACGUUUGUUGUGAUGUACGCGUCCUUAGAAUUUAAGUAGUGCUGAAGUUGUCAUUUUAUACACUUUUAGAAAUAAAAGCAUUAACAAUGAAAGAAUGCAAUGACUAUUUUACAAUACAAUCCAUUUACUGAGCAGGAAAAUGUAAGAUUUAGCUGAAAAAAUGCUGAGAUCUGAAACAAUAAUGCUGCCACCAGAU